AUGAUCAUUCCCGUUUGGAUCGCUCUCAGCUCGGCGGUGAUCAUCUACAACAACUACAUCUACAACACGAUAGGUUUCAAGUACCCCGUGUUCCUGGUGACAUGGCACCUUACGUUCGCUGCCAUCGGCACUCGCGUGCUCGAGCGGACCACACACCUCCUCGACGGCGCGAAGGAUGUACACAUGACGAAGGACAUGUUCACGCGCUCGAUCCUGCCCAUCGGCCUCCUCUUCAGCGCGUCGCUCAUCCUCUCCAACACCGCCUACCUCUAUCUCUCCGUCGCCUACAUCCAGAUGCUCAAGGCCUUCACGCCCGUCGCGAUUCUCCUCAUCUCCUGGACGUUCCGCAUCCAGGAGCCGAACCGGAAACUGGCCGUGAUCGUGUUCAUGAUCUCGACCGGCGUUGCGCUCGCGUCCCGCGGCGAGCUCCGCUUCAACCUGAUCGGGUUCAUCACCCAGGCCGCUGCCGUCGCGUUCGAGGCGUCUCGGCUCGUGAUGAUCCAGAUCCUCCUGCACGGGAUGAAGAUGGACCCGCUCGUCUCGCUGCACUACUACGCGCCAGUGUGCGCCGUGAUCAACAUCCUCGUGAUUCCGUUCACGGAAGGCCUCGCGCCUUUCUACGCUAUCUGGGAGGUUGGCUUCCUGAUACUGCUCAGCAACGCGUCGGUGGCGUUCUUGCUUAAUGUCGCCGCCGUGUUCCUCGUCGGAGUGGGCAGCGGCCUGGUCCUCACCCUCGCAGGCGUGUUCAAGGACAUCCUGCUCAUCACCGGCUCCGUUCUCAUCUUCGGCGCUACGAUCACACCGCUACAGGUUUUCGGUUACGCGAUUGCUCUUGGCGGACUCAUCUUCUUCAAGACCUCUGGGGGCAAAUAG